AUGUCCCAGUGGCUGUGGCAGUGUCUUCUUGUCUUGUUGAGCAAGCGCAGCUCCGCCCUGACAAGUUUCCCCGAAUCUACCCAUUUCCGGCAGCUCUGUGGCUCUCGUGUACCUUCUUCCAGUUGGCUUGCGGCAGUGGGCGUUCGCGGUUGUAUUCCUUUUUAUCAGCAUUGCAGUGGAAAUUACACCCAAGCACACGAUAAUCGCCCGCGAUAUCCGAUUGAAAGUAUUUUCCCAGCACCCAGGUCGGACUGGCGAUACCAAACAUCUAGCUUUGGAGAUUCCACAAGCCAAGCCAUUGCCUAUCAACCGUUGCUUCGGCUUACAAAAGCAGGCAUUCGGAAACCCAUCGCCAAGCUCUUCCAGCCAUCCCCCGGCCAUUCGCCAUCCUCGCAUAAAAGCCAUCAACCCACUUCCCGCAAGCGCUUGCCCGCAGAAAUCAGCUGGUAA